CCGACAUGAAUUCAAACUAUUAUUGUCGUUGAGAAAACAAAGCCGAGGAGGCUGCCUGCCCUCACCGCCUGUGCGCUUUUACGCACACGCACAGGCGCGCGCACACACUCAGACAGACGUGCGCUUUUACGCACAGGCUCAGAAUGGGAUUUUACCCACAUGACGCACGGCACAAUUACAUGAACGAAUUUAGGGAGAGGUGCACGCGCGUAAAUACCAACAGACAGAGAGAGAGAGAGAGAGAGAGAGAGAUUAAAGAGGGCAGAUAAAAAUGACAGGUUUGUGUUGUUGGAGACAUUAAAGGUCGUCGGAGUCUCAGUUUGGAGACGGAAGGACGGAGAAGAAGACGCAGAAAAGAGGAUUUGUUGACAAAAUCGCCAAGUUGGAGAAGCUCCUCCUCUCCGUGAUGUAGCCGCGAGUCGGAACCUCCUUAAUUACUAAUUUCUCCACAUCCAAGCCACGCUCUCUCUCUCUCUAUCUCUCUCCCUCCCUCCCCCCUCUCUCUGUCUGUCUGUCUGUAUUCUCUCUCCACUCCUCCAUCCAUGCAUCUAUCAUCCUGACCCUCCUUUCUCUCUCCUCUCUGUCUCUUUCGUUUCCAGCCCGGAUAACGGAGGCGGACGAGCUCGGAGUUGUUGUUGUUGUUAUUUUUUUAAUUAUUAUUUAUUCCUCGUUUUUGGGAGACCCGCCACCGGGCAUGGAGGAUGUAAAAGACCCGCCGACCGUCCACCGGUCCUCCUCCUUUAGCAUCAAGAGCCUCCUGCUGCCCUCCAAGUGCGACAGAACGGACUCCGUCGCUGCUGCCGCCGCCGCCGCCGCGGUCGUCGGCAUCCCCGGGACCUUCUCGCCUUCACCGGGCUCCGACUCUGAGAAGUCGCUGGAUCUACCGGAGGUGGACUCCACAGCCGCGGCUCUGGACCCGGAAAAACCGGGCAAGGAGGAGCAGGGGGAAGAGGAGGAGGAGGGCGAAGGGGGAGGCGGAGGUGGGGACGGCGCUAAGGCCACAUCGGAGCAGAAUACUAACGGUAAUAAUAGUGGGAAAAACGGGAAAUAUGACAAGCCUCCGUUCAGCUACAACGCCCUGAUCAUGAUGGCCAUCCGGCAGAGCCCCGAGAAGCGGCUCACGCUGAACGGCAUCUAUGAGUUUAUCAUGAAAAACUUCCCGUAUUACCGGGAGCACAAGCAGGGCUGGCAGAACUCCAUCCGGCACAACCUGAGCCUCAAUAAGUGCUUCGUUAAGGUGCCCAGGCACUACGACGACCCGGGAAAGGGGAACUACUGGAUGCUGGACCCGAGCAGCGAUGAUGUUUUCAUCGGGGGGACUACCGGGAAGCUCCGCAGGCGCUCCGCCACCUCCCGGGGCAAGUUGGCGAUGAAGCGCGGGUUGCGCUUCGCUCCUCUCAGCUUGGGGAUUAACGAGCGGGCGAACAACCCGCUCUACUGGCAGAUUUCUCCGUUUCUCUCCCUGCACCAUCACCACCACCACCACCCGCACUACAACGGAUCCUCACCCGGGUUUUUGAACCAGGCAGCCGGCUACGGGUCGCUGCUGCCCGCAGUGGAGCAGCUGAGCAACGGGGACCUGGGGCGCUCCAUCCUCGGUGGGUCGGCCGCCGGGGCGCUGGGUUUGACGAACAGUUACGGGAUGAGCACGUCGCCGGUGGGGCUGCUCUCCGGUCAGACUGCCGGGUAUUUUGUCUCAGGGACCCAACACGGGGCAGGGGCACCGGGGCCGCCGGGAGGAGGACCGCCGCCUCCUCCUCCGCCGCAUCUCCAGCAGGGCGCACCGGGGUUCGGCGGCCUGGCGACCAGCAGCUCCCCGCAGUCCCUGCUGUCGGACUCCCUCAGAAACGGCUCUCUACCGGCCUUCUCCCCGGGCGUGUCCGCGGGGUUCCCCGGGGUGCUGUCCCAUCAAAAGAGGGUGACACCAAACGCUUUCCUAAACUGAACUCUCCCCUCCCUCCCUCCCCCUCCUCCCCCAUCACCUCUCAGUGGAUGGCACCGGGACGAGGACGCACAAAAGACGUCAUGUUAAGGGCAAAUAAUAAGUGGUAAAUAUCAAACAAUGAUCGCAAAAAAUAUAUAUGAAGUGAAACUUUUUUUUCAAGCUAUUUAUAUCUUGUACAAAGAUUUUCAGUACUUUCUUUGAGUCUUUUAUUUAUGUUUUGUAUUUAUUGUACAAUGUAUUUAAAUUCUAUUUGUCAGUGUAUUGGGGGGGUGGGGUAGGUAGGCUAAGUCAUACAGGGUCAAUAAUUAUUUAUGAAUUUUGAGACAAUCAAGGAGAAAAAAAGACAAUCAAAACUUUUUCUUUUCUCUUUUUUUUUUGGGAGGAAAAAGUAACUAAUGAAAUAAAUAAAGCCUUAAAAUCAGCAGGAACAAUCAGGGGUUUUGAGAGGAAAAAUAAGCCUACAAAUCAUAUCUCUACUCAGGUGUGACCCCGGACAGGCCUAACGAUGAUAGCUAAUAAUACGAACAAUAAUAAAACUGCUCUCUGUGAAGAGUUUCCUUCCAAAAUAAUCAUAUCCAAAAAUAAAUCAAUAUUUCAGAAUCGAAGUUAAUAAUAUUCUUACUGCUGUUUUUUCCAGUGCUAAAAAUGUCAUUUCUGACUUAAACAGCCCCUUUAAAUAAAUAAAUAAAUUAAUUAAUAAAUUAAUUAAUGGAUAUAAAAGUUUUUGGAAUAGAACUCUUCAUGUGUAAAAUUAUGCAAAACAACGCAGCUGUAAUACGAGUUUUUGGAUGUUUUUCUGUUCAUCAUCAAAGCCCAGAUUGUCCUUUUCACUUCAGUUGAUUUUGGUUUGAUUAUGCGUGUGUGUGUGUGUGUGUGUGCAGGCCUGUAUGAGCGUAAAACCUCCUGCGCAUGUGCGUUAGGGCCACCGUGCAAACAAACAACCUCCUAAUUUAAAACAAAAACAGCAGCUCUGCCGCCUCCGGGUCUGCUGGGUCUGUACCGGAGCGGGUCUGUGCCGGAGCGGGUCUGUGCCGACCCGCCGGACCCGCUCCGGUUUGCGGUAAAGGUCUGAAAGUGACCCGCGGAGGACGGAGGCCGAGUGUGGAGACAGCGCGAGCGGCUCCAUCAGGCCCUGCAUCACACACACACAUAUACAGCUGCUGUCAGGUGAAAAACUUGUAUCUCCAAAAUACAAACUUUUUUUUUUUUUUUGGGGGUAAAUAAUAAAAACCACCCAGUUUAUUGAGCGUGAAGGUUAAAUCCUUGGAAAUUGUAGUUUGACAAAAUAAUCUUAAUUUACCAGAGCUUUCAACCGGAUCUCACGGCCUUCCUCGACAGAUAUCUCUGUUGUCAUGGAGACAAUUUUAGCUUCAUUUCAUCUGAGUUGGAUGACCUUUUAAAUUUUUUAUUUUUUAUUUAUUUAAAUGAUCGAGAUGUCUUUAUGCAUCUGAGGAGCUGAAAGAUGAGCAACAUGUAAAAUCCCUCAGCUCGCACAGAAACAUCACCGCAAUGGAGAUACGAGUUUUUCAAGCCAACUGCAAUGAUAUCCCAUAAAUGCCACUUCCUUUUAUUUAUUUAUUUGUUUUGUUUUUGGGAGUAAAAGCUUCAGUGGCAUCUUGAAAGCGUGCAUCAGCUGACCUGAGCAGGGCGGGACGAAAAAUGUCGCUUUUAAAAUGUUUUUUUUUUUUUUAAGAAAAAACACAUUUUCGUUUCAUGAAAGAAUUAAUUUAGCCUGACUUCAUUUCUGUAACUUUAUUUCAACACGUGGCAGGUUUCAUAAAGAGCCUGUUUUUGUCAUUUGUAGCCCCCAAAAUGUACUAACUUUAUAUACAUUUAUAAUUUACAAAAGAACACCUAGAUGUCUUUGCACCACAGCCAAGUGUUCAUCUGGAAGUAUUUUCUUUUCUCAAACUGAUGAAAAUGAUUUUACUCCUCAAUAAAUAAUUCCUUUGAAAUGAUUACUUGGUACAGGUUAGUCAGUGUUUAAUUACAUAAAUCACAUGACACAAACUAUACUGUUUAAACAGCGUGGCCAGUAAAAUAAUAAUAACUAAAAUAAUCCCAAGUACAAAAAUAAAGAUAGCUGACUGAGUGACUGCAUUAGAGAAAUAGCCGUUUUAAUAAGCACACCAGAUGAGUGGCGUUUGAUUAUCAAAGUAUCGAUCGGCCCGUCUGCUGUCUGAGCUCCGCGACACAAUCUGGACCAAAUAAAUGUUUGCAAAACUGAAGCAAAGACAGACUCCAGCGGAGAGCACGAGGCAGCAGCAUGAUAUUUUACAAAACAGAAGAAAUUAUUACAGUUCAAAGGAAAUACAGACUUUUUUUUUCAAAAUAAAUUCAGGUCUAUCGCAGGUCACGAUCCUCCAGUCCCUGCUGGCAUUAAUAUCAAACCGCACUGCUGAAUAUAUUGAUUGUUCUUAAAAUUUGCCACCUGUUUUGGGCCUUUUAUUGCAAAAAUAAAUACAAUCCAGUGACUGUAAAUGAGCUGCGGGUUGGAUUGAAUUCAAACUGAUUUCAGUUUUAAGUCUCUGAAGUUUUGAAAUCUUCUUGUGGAUAUUUCAAGCAAACCGGAAGCUGCUGAAUGGUCGCUUUCUCUCCCCUUUUUUUUUUUAAAAACCUGUUAUUUUUUACAGUGCAAGACAGAAAAACUUAUAUAACCUUUGACCAAAAUAAAAGCAUCCUGAAGCCCCAAAAGAGACUGACCUUGACACACACACACACACACACACACACACUUGCUGGUGAACAAAUGCACGAAUAAGAAUAUUAUUGUCAAAAUAAAAGCACAGCGGGUCUGACUGAGCCUCAUUACACUCAGAUAUUAAAAUGUUUAAAUUUCCCGAACAGCAGAAGAAGAAACAGGGCUGAUUCCCAGCAGGACGCAGACUGAUCCAGGAUCAGAGGCUGGGGUUGUUUUUUUUUUGUUUGUUUUUUUUAAAUCUCUCUCCAUGUCACUUUUUUUUUCCAUUUUGGUUUUAAAAAAAAAAAAAUUGUUUUGGAGUUUUUUUUUUGUUUUUAUUUUGAUUUUUCUUUUUUUUGCACUUCUGUCGUUAGCGUUCACUUGUAUGAAGUCUGUACCGUCUGUUUCGUUGCUGUCUGUCUGUUUUUGUUUUUCCAGAGAAACUAAACUUGAUUAAAAAGGAUGAAAUAACCUGAA